AUGGAGGCGGUGGUGAAGGAGGCAACGUCACUGGAGGCUGAUUAUGGAGGUGAUGGUGAAGGAGGCAAUGAUUAUGUAGGCGUUGGUGAUAGAGGCAAUGAUUAUGGAGGCGUUGGUGAAGGAGGCAAUGAUUAUGGAGACGGUGGUCAAGGAGGCAAUGAUUAUGGAGGCGGUGGUCAAGGAGGCAAUGAUUAUGGAGACGGUGGUCAAGGAGGCAAUGAUUAUGGAGGCGGUGGUCAAGGAGGCAAUGAUUAUGGCGGCGUUGAUUACGGAGGCGGUGAAUAUGAAGGAGGUGACUAUGGGGGCGGUGAUGAAGGUGGCGGUGAUAAUGGAGGCGGUGGUGAAGGAGGCGGUGACUAUGGCGGCGGUGAUUAUGGAGGCGGUGAUUAUGGCGGCGGUGAUGAUGGUUGGCGGUGA